ACGAAUAGAGGCCUUCGCUUGUUGCUCCGGCAGUCCGACAACGAGCCACCAGCAUCAACAUGCCGCUUAGUGGGACGGUGAAAUAUCCGCUGCAUGACCGAAUAACAGAGAUGCAGCGUAAAAUUCAACUGUUGGAGGGCGACAGAACUGCUUACUAUGAGAGCUCUCAGUCAACCAUGGAGAGGAACAGAGAGUCCAUCCACCAGCUGAGACAGGACAACCAGCUGCUGUACACGAAACUGGCACAGGCAAAUGCUGGUGAUGAAAAUGUGAUCAAAGUGGCUUUUCAGAACAGAGGCUUGGAGAAGGAGAUCUUCCGCAACAAGUCAGGGAAGGCAGCUCUUACAACACUAGACCGCAGUGUGCUGUCCAAGAUGAAACGUCUCAAUGCCCUAAAACACACCACUCAGACCAAGCAGCGCCGCCUCGAAGAGUUGAAUACAGAAUACCAAAGGAUGAAACCAGAAGACAGCAGUGGAGCACAGCUUGCUGAUGCUCAAAGUCGGAAGAAAGUUGAAGAUUCCAUGAACCUGCGGUCACUGAAGAAUAGCCUGGAGAAGACCCAGUUUAAGUUCAAGGAGGCGGAGAGCAUCAUGGCUAGCUAUAAAAAAGUCAAAAGUCACCUGCAGGAUGAGGCCCUCACUUUCCAGGGCCAGCUGGACAGUCUAGAAGCAGAAAUCCUGAAGCACAGGGAGGAACUCAACAACAUGCAGUCCAUGAACACUGAUGCUCAGCUCUCUAAAGAAGCUGCUAAGAUGGAGUUACAACAGCAGGAGGAAUCGCUCCACAAAGAGCGCAAGGAGAGAGAACGUAUUAUAGCCAGCUACAGGAAAAAGGCUGAGGAGCACAAGGCCCAAGCUGAAAAAUUGGAUAGAAGGGCUCAGAGAGCAACUAUACAGCCGGAUGAGCUGAGCAGUGAGGCCCAGCGCAGCAGCCCCAGGAUGCCAGGUGAGGAGGAGAAAGUCCUCUCCACUUUUGAGGAGGCCUUUAGACGCAUUAAGGAGGCCACAGGAGUCACAGAUAUCCAGGAGAUAGUGGAGCGCUUUAUCUCACAGAAGGAGACUCACCAACGCCUGGAGAAGCUGAAGGAAGAUAAUGAGAAAGUGCUGCAGCAGCUGCAGGAGCAGAAGGAGCUCCUAAACCAACAGUUUCAGGAUAUGAAAUAUUCUGGAGAGGCUAAACUCUCCAGUGACCAACAGAUGCUGGAGGAGUGCGAGCAGCAGCUGCAGGCUCAGCAGCGUAGGUGUGAUGCCUGUGAAGAGCGCCUGGAUUGGCUUGUGAAAACCCUCAGUACUGUCAGAGCUGGGGUGGAGCACCUUGCUGACAAACUUCAACAAAUCACUCUGACUGAGGACGCCGUGGCUGAGGUGUCUCCUGACUCAGAUGAGUUUGUGGUGGAGCUGAUGACUCAGUGUGAGCUGAAGCUGCAGUUACUGCAGGAGGAGCUUCAGGGGAAGGAUCAGGCUGCUAGCAUGAAGGAGAUAGAGGAAGAGGAGUUCUACAUCAGGAUUGCAGGAAAACUGCCAGCUUAUAACACCCGUGUCAAGCUGCCUGAAGACCAAAGUCUGGACCUCUUUGAGGAUGAGGAUGAGAGUGAAGAGGAUGAAUCCGAAGUCAUCUCACAGGAAGCGCUAAAGCGCCAGUCCCAGCUUAUCAUUGACUCCAACUCCAAGAAGAAGCCCUGGAAGAAGAAGAAGGGCAAGUUCUGAUCCAACACCACAGCCUCAAGACCCAAGAUAAAAAGAGAUGUUUUUUUAACCAAAAAAAGAAAUUUGGGGAGGGAAAAUAAUUUACUUUCAGAUUUUCAGUUUGCUAUUUUUGCCUUUGAAAGUGUAAUAGGAGUUGAAUAAAAGUGAAUUAAUGGGUCACAGAAAAUAUGUUUUAGACGUGAUGAAAGAUUAGAACAAUCAGAAGAUUUAUGAAUAGAUGUGCCUUUAAAACUGGUUUCUUGUUGUAUGAGGUUCUUUUUGUUUUGUUUUGACAACAGUCAUGUCCUCUGUCUGGUGUCAUUGUUGCACCAACACUCACUGCUCCAACUUUUUGUUACAACUCAGAAUUUCUGCUUCUCUGAAAAAAAGAAUAAAAACAUUUAAAAUACAA